AAUUCUGAUGUGUUGAUUAGAGCGACGUGUCCUCGAGAGCGUUCUCGCUCAUCUACGAUUGGAUGAUCAGCCCACAGAUCGAAAGUUACCGCCUUCUGCAAAGGGACAAUAUUCUGGAAAUGUUCACCGCCUCUCAAUAUCUCGGAAUUAAAGAAUUGGAAGAGCAAUGCUGGGCUUUCAUCGACAACGACGAAUUAUUCAGCGAGGACACAGCGUUUCUAUUAUAUUUGGAGGCGAAGAAAGUUCGUAACACAGCUGUUAUGGAACUGAUGGUGCCGAGAAUUAUGAAAUUCUUCUUGAUGUUGGUCAGUACCAAAGACUUCCUCGACCUGGCCGUGGACGAACUUUGCCUUUUGUUGAGGUCCAACUACAUUUCGGUCAAUAGCGAGAUGGAAGUUCUCAUGUCCGCCGUACGAUGGCUGAUGCACGACUGGGCGAACAGGAAGGAGAACAUGUUGGAAGUUCUGAAAUGCGUUCGCUUCGGAUUGAUCGCGCCGUGGCAGCUGGUCGACGUGAAGAGAAACCCGGAGAAUCCUGAAUUUAUGGAACUGAUGUCUUCGCCCGAUGUGCAAAAAAUGGUCGACGACGGCCUAGCUUUCGUCAUUAUAAAAUAUUGGUACGGCAACCAAACGGAGGAUUACUAUCAUUGGAUUGAUCUGCUAGGGCUCACGGAGCCGACCAAUCGAAACUGGGCCGGAGAGGACAAGGUAUCGAAAUUGAAUUUCUAAAACUUUCG